AUUUUGGGCUUUUUAUUUUGAAACCCAUCAACUCCUAUGCCCCGGAAGCUGUCGUUUUUACUGCGGCUGACUUCACGCUGUUUAAUCAAGACGGCAGCUAGUAGCGGUUUCUUUAAUGUUAGUGAGAAAGUUUGUGUUGUGGUCCGUCAGAGCCUCUGUGUGUCCGGAUAAACGUGUCUGAAUGGACUUUGUGCUGUUCACCUUUUCUUUCUGGAUGUUUUACCUCUGACUCAUCUCCCUGUAGACUACAAACACAUUCAAGUUAGCUUAGCGUGCUAGCUGGUUAGCACCGCGGCUCUAGUCAGAGUGACUGUUUGAUGGAGAGCAAACUGAAAAAGUUGGUGUCACUGUGUGAAAAAUGUCUAAAGUCCAAACGGUGAGAGCGCUGGUGGAGCAGCGACUGACUGCGGCUGCUGAAGAGAUAUUUGGGCUGUUUGAAAGAACGAUAGCAGAGUACGAGGAGGAACUUUGUCGUUCAAGAGAGACGAACGAGCGACAACAGAAACUACUGGACGCUGUUUUCAACCCUCAGAUUCACUUACACAGAGCAGACGUCCAGCAGCUGUUGGUGGUAAAGAAGGUUCCCUCUGAGCAGCAGGAGAGGAGCUCCACACUGGACCAGGACCAGGACCAGGAGGAGCCAGAGCCCCCACACAUUAAAGAGGAACAGAAGGAACCUUGGACCAGUCAGGAGGGAGAGCAGUUUCAAGGGGUCACAUUCACUCCUGUCCCUGUGAAAAGUGAAGAAGAUGAAGAGAAACCUCAGUCCUCACAGCAAACACAAACGGAAAAGAUAAAAACAGAAGCUGAUGGAGAGGACUGUGGAGGACCAGAACUAGAUAGGAACUCUGAUCCAGGUCCACAUUUACAACCUGAUACUGACGACGAGCCUGCAGACUCUUCUGAACCUGAGACUGAUGACAGUGGUGAUUGGAAGGAGACCAGAGAACCUCAGUCAGGUUUAAACUGUUUGAAAAAAGAUGACGGUCCUGUCAGGGAUUCCAGAUUUAGUGCUGGUGAGAAACGAUUUAGCUGCUCUGAGUGUGGGAAAGGAUUUGGCUCCAAAAACAACCUGAAGAGUCACAUGGUUUCUCAUACAAAAGAGAAACCUUUCAGCUGCUCAGUGUGUGGUAAAGGUUUCGGUCGACGUGUAAAUCUAAGGGCACACAAAAGAAUUCACACAGGAGUGAAACCUUUCAGCUGCUCAGUUUGUCAGAAAUCUUUUUACCACACAGGAAAUUUAAAGAAUCACAUGAGACUCCACACAGGAGAGAAACCUUUCAACUGCUCAGUUUGUCAGAAAUCUUUUACCCGUAGGGGGGGUUUACAGCUACACAUGAGAGUCCACACAGGAGAGAACCCUUUCAGCUGCCCUUUUUGUCAGAAAUGUUUUAACAACACGGGAGGUUUAAACAAACACAUCAGAGUUCACACAGGAGAGAAACCUUUCAGCUGCUCAGUUUGUCAGAAAACUUUUACACAGAGUGGAAGUUUAAAGUCACACAUGAGAGUCCACACAGGAGAGAAACCUUUCAGCUGCCAUAUUUGUAGCAGAAGAUUUACCUGGCUGUCACAUGUCAAAAGACAUAAAUGUGCUGGCCGCUCAUCCUCAAAGUUUCAUCAAACUGAGGAGAACAAAGAGGCAGAGCCUCCAGCCAGCAGCCCGCAUGAAGAGAUUCAAACAGAAGCUGAUGGAGAGGACUGUGGAAGACUAGAAGCAGCUAGGAACUCAGAUCCAGAUGGACCAGUGUUGGGAUCUUGCCACAUCUAUCCCUGUUAUGUGAGUCCAGAGUCCUAUACUACAAAGCUGGAUUUGAGGGUUAGCAAGAUAUUUGGGCUGUUUGAAAGAACGAUAGCAGAGUACGAGGAGGUACUUUGUCGUUCAAGAGAGAAGAACGAGCGACAACAGAAACUACUGGACGCUGUUUUCAACCCUCAGAUUCACUUACACAGAGCAGAUGUACAGCAGCUGUCGGUGAGUAAAGAAGAGGUUCCCUCUGAGCAGCAGAAGAGGAGCUGCAGUCUGGACCGGGACAAGGAGGAGACAGAGCCCCCACACAUUAAAGAGGAACAGGAGGAACCUUGGAGCAGUCAGGAGGGAGAGCAGCUUCAAGGGCUCACAUUCACUCCUGUCCCUGUGAAGAGUGAAGAAGAUGAAGAGAAACCUCAGUCUUCACAGCUUCAUCAAACACAAACUGAACAGAUGAAAUCAGAAGCUGAUGGAGAGGACUGUGGAGGACCAGAACCAGACAGGAACUCUGAUCCUGACACUGACGACGAGCCUGCAGACUCUUCUGAACCUGAGACUGAUGACAGUGCUGAUUGGAAGGAGACCAGAGACCCUCAGUCAGGUUUGAACUGUUUGAAAAAAGAUGGCGGCCCUAUCAGAGAUUCCAGAUUUAGUACUGGUGAGAAACGAUUUAGCUGCUCUGAGUGUGGGAAAAGAUUUGAAUACAAGUGCUAUCUGAAGAGACACAUGGUUUCUCAUUCAGAAGACAAACCUUUCAGCUGCUCAGUGUGUGGUAAAGGUUUCAGUGGAAGGAGGAACCUAAAGGCACAUAAAAUAAUUCACACAGGGGAGAAACGCUUGAGCUGCUCAGUGUGUGGUAAAUUAUUCAACGGUAGUGGGAAUCUGAAUCAACAUAUGCAAACCCACACAGGAGAGAAACCUUUCAGCUGCUCAGUUUGUCAGAAAUCUUUUGCAAUCAGGGGAAGUUUAAAGCUACACAUGAGAAUGCACACAGGAGAGAAACCUUUCAGCUGCUCAGUGUGUCAGAAAUCUUUUACCCGUAGGGGAAGUUUAAAGCAACACAUGAGAGUCCACUCAGGAGAGAAACCUUUCAGCUGCUCAGUUUGUCAGAAAUGUUUUACCCAUAGAGAUAGUUUAAAGAAACACAUGAGACUCCACACAGGAGAGAGACCUUUCACCUGCUCAGUUUGUGGUAAAGGUUUCAAUGGAAGUUGGCAUCUAAAGUCACACAAAAGAAUUCACACAGGAGAGAAACCUUUCAGUUGCCAUAUUUGUAGCAAAAGAUUUGCCUGGAUGUCACAUCUUAAAAAACAUAAAUGUGCUGGCCCCUCGUCCUCAAAGUUUCAUCAAACGGAGGAGAACAAAGAGGCAGAGCCUCCAGCCAGCAGCCCACAUUAAGAGAUGCAAACAGAAGCUGAUGGAGAGGACUGUGGAAGACCAGAAGCAGCCAGGAACUCAGAUCCAGAUGGACCAGAUACUGAUGAGAAGACUGGAAACUCUCCUGAACCUGAGACUGAUGACAGUUGUGAUUGGAAGUAAACUAGCAAAACUCAGUCUGCUGUAAAUUCUUAGUACAACAACAAUUCCUAGCAGAACUUUUAGGUAAUAUAAGAAAAAUAAACUAAACUAACGAAAAUAAAUAAAGGAAUAAAAUAAUAAAAAUGAAAUUGUAUGAAAAUAUACAAACCUGUUUUUGUUGAAGUACUCCUUUUUCAAUAUUUUUAAAGGACUCAAGAACAUUUUUCAAGUCUUUUUUAAAUGCUAGAAAGCUUGUAGUAUCUAAAUACUUUCUCAAUGCACUGUAAACUCGCCAUUUCCUCUUUAUUUCACAGUGAGAGAAACAGAGUGAAAGAUGAGACAUUUAAUAUUUAAUAAACACCUCCAUGUCAAUGAAAGAGACGGCAAGCUUGAAUCAUGGCAGCUGUAAUCCACAUUUAUUUUCUGUAUUGACUCUGAGAAAAGAAAUAAAACAUAUAUGGUCAGCUCACUAUUCUGUUUAUUUUAAAUGCAGUGCUGUGAUCACUUGUUGAAAUGCUGUUACCUCUGAAAGUUUAUGCUUUAAGGCUCGCCUUCAUAAUAAAAGUCCCUAAGCUUUUUUUUUUUUAAAGAA